AGUAGCCGUGGGAAUAGCGACCUGAGUGAAGAACUCGCCACCCAUCCAGCCGAUCAUUGUGUAGUUUAGGUGGUACAGCUUCUGUCCAGAUUUAGCUGGCACCAACCGUGCGGUGCAUUCAGUCGCAACUUGGAUCUUGUUAAGGAUCGUGCUUGUGACGCGUGUGUGAAGAAUGUUUGAAUUCCCCCUGAGCCUGUGAUAGAUGACACAGCUGAUGUAAUCGAGCCGAGUUGCAGCAAGAUCAAGAUCUUCAACCAGUUUGAAGCCAGCGUAAACAUCCGUCAGCUAACCUUGGCGACAACGAAAGGCUUACGUGUUUGUGUGUGCGCGUGGUUGUUACUGGCACGCAAGGCGGUAGGACGAACCCGAUCCGGACGUGACGUCGCUUCGUCCGUAUCAUCAUAUCCGACGCACCCGAAAGGGCGGAGUCCACUUUUUUCCCCAGAUCACGUUCUCACGAACGAACCGAACGCAGGGGCAGCUGUGCAAAAUCAUCAUCACCGUCCAGGGGAUUUGUGACAAUCGGGUGGCCGUAAUUACGGUGUGCGCGACAAAUACCGACAAAAUGCAGCCGACAAGGUUCCUAUUCGUUGCGGCUCUUAUCUGGUUCGCCCCAGCACGCGGUGAUGAAUGCGUUAGCACGAAACGGGACAGACACCGGACGAUCAUGGAAGAGUUUCGUCACUCACCGAACUGGGAGGGCGUGCUGACGGAGGACACGCUCAAUCUGCAGAUCAACGAAACCGAGGUGGACCUGUCCCGGCAGGGCUUCAAGGAGGUCCACUGGCACCUGAGCAGCAUCGUGAACGAGGGUUACGAAAUCUACGAGCUCGACCUAUCCUUCAACAACCUGGAGCAGCUGAACGAGCUAACGUUUCUUAAGUUCUACUCCCUGGAGACGCUCAAUCUGUCCAACAACCGCAUCGAGUCGAUCAACAACCUCACGUUCGGCUCGUUGAUCCGCCUGGCCGAGCUCGAUCUGUCGUUCAAUCUGAUCCACACGCUCGAAAAGCAAGCGUUCGACCGACUGUACGGGCUCGAGUCGCUGAGCCUGCGCGAGAACUGUCUGGUCACGCUGGCCCCGCACCAGUUCUACUUCAACGAUCACCUCUCGUCGCUGCUGCUCGACCACAACCAGCUGUCGUUCUUGCCGCGCGUCCUCUUCGACACGAUCACGAUGGUGGACGAGCUGUACGAGCUGGACCUCUCGAACAACAACUUCCGCCGGAUGCCGUACAUCGACGCGAAGGAGAUCUCGCUGCUGAAGAUCGAAAACAAUCACAUCGAAACGCUCACGGUCAACAAAUCGUUCAACGUGCGCGUGCUGCAGAUGCAGAACAACAACAUCUACGAUGCGGACCUAUUCGCGUUCAACCGGGCCGAGCACAUCGACCUGUCGCACAACAACCUGGACAACAUCGUGGGCCUGCACGAGAUGACGCAGCUCGAGUAUCUGGACCUGUCGUCGAACAACGUGUCCCGGUUCGAUUACAACCUAAAGUACUCGAUCCGCAACAUUCCCGGGCUGGUGACGCUCCGGCUGCAGAACUGCAGCCUCACCGACCACAACAUCGAGGGCCUGCUGGCGUCCGAGUCGAUCCUCUACCUGGACCUGUCGCAGAACAACUUCGUGCGCCUGAAUGUGAGCCAUCUUUCGCGGCUCCGAACCCUGCAGUACCUCAGCCUGAACUUUAACUAUCUGCGCGAGCUGGUGAACUACGAGCGGAUGGGGCACGAGUUCCCGUAUCUGGAGCGCGUGUCGCUGUCCUUUAACCGCUGGAACUGCUCGUACUACGAUCGGCUCAAUGCGCACCUGAACCGCACGCAUAUCCGCUCGACGAGUGAUCCUCGCGAUUGCUACAUCAACGGAACACACGUGACCGAUUCGUACGUGACGGAUGUUUUUGAGCCCCCGUACACGAUGGUGCAGGUGAAACGGGACAUGGCGGUGCUGCGCAACCUGGGCCGCCACACGCUGUACUUCCUGCUGGCCAUGUUCACCAGCAUGAGGUCACAGUGGAACGUGUCCAUGGGCAACCAGCAGACGUACCGCCGCCAGAUGGGCUCCCUGGAGCACGACGUGGAUCGCCUGUUCGGCAUGGUUGUGUUCCUGGUGGCCGUGUUUGCCGUGGCCCUGUUCGUGGGGGUCGCGUGGGGCUGCCAGCGGUUGGUCCGCCGGUGGCAGCACGAUCGCUCGGUCAAGGUGGUGACGUACCAGAAGCGGGCCAACGAGUUCAGCAACGGUGUCACCGUGAACGAUGUGAUACGGGAUAAUGUGUCGGUUGCCUAGAGAGACAGGGCGUUGAGUUUAGUAUUUCGGCCACAAUCCUGAAGCUCUCCCGGCCCACCCACACACACACACACACACACAGGUGUAAGAUAGCGCAUUGCGAUGCCAAAGUUACCAAAUUUGAAAACUAAACCCGAGCCGUACUACCGUGUAAGUGAUAUUAUC